AUGGAGGAUAUUCCAACAGAGGUGGCGCGAUGGAAGAAGCGAUCAAUCUAUAGGGUACCUGCAAGCGUUAUUGAUCUAAAUAAGACGGCCUAUAAGCCUCAGACAGUGUCUUUGGGUCCUUACCAUCAUGACGAGGUCCACUUAAAGGCAAUGGAAGAGCAUAAGCACCGAGCACUUCUUCACUUUCUCAAAAGAUCGGGAAAACCUAUUGAGCUUUAUGUUGACGCAUUAGCGGAAGUGGCGGAUAAUUUGAAGGAUGCAUAUGAUCAAUUGGCCACCAAAUGGAAACUAGAAACUGAAGAAUUUUUGGAGCUGAUGAUUCUUGAUGGUUGUUUCAUUUUGGAAAUAGCGCGCACUGCCACACAGACUUUGAAUGACUAUGCUCCCAAUGAUCCCAUCUUCAGCACUCAUGGAAAGCUUUACAUUGUGCCAUACCUCAAACGCGAUAUGUUGAUGCUUGAAAAUCAGUUGCCUCUGCUGGUUCUUGAGAAGCUAGUUGCUGUUGAGAAAGGAAAUUCUAAGGGAGAAGAGAAGAUUGUGAAUAAGCUCAUUGUCGACUUCUUUUCUCAAAAACCUGUUAGAAACAUGGGAAAAUGCCUGCACAUUUUAGAUCUAUAUCGGAAGAACCUGUUGGAAGAACCUCCACAGAAGAAGCAUCACAAGAAAAGUCACCCUAAAGUUCACCACGGUGAAGAUGAGAUCAUCCGUUCUGCUGCAGAGCUUAACGAAGCUGGUAUCCAAAUCAAGAAAAGUAAAACAAAAAGCCUAAAAGAGAUCUCGUUCCAUCGAGGGGUGCUCAAACUUCCACAAAUAGUGGUUGAUGAUACUACUGAAUCAAUGUAUCUAAAUCUAAUAGCAUUUGAGCGACUUCAUGUUGGUGCGGGAAAUGAGGUGACUUCCUACAUCUUUUUCAUGGACAACAUCAUCGACAGUGCCAGAGACGUUAGCCUGCUGCACUCGAGUGGCAUCAUCCAGAAUGCGAUUGGCAGUGACAAAGCUGUUGCUAAAUUAUUCAAUUCUCUAUCCAAGGAUGUUACGCUGGAUCCUGAGAGCAGAUUAGAAGAAGUGCAUAAGAAGGUCAGUAACUACUGCAAGAAGCCAUGGAAUGCAUGGCGGGCUGAUAUCAUGCACAACUAUUUUAGAAAUCCAUGGGCUAUUCUUUCGGUCAUUGCUGCAAUAUUUCUUUUCGCUCUAACCAUAAUUCAGACGGUAUACGGCGUCUUAAGUUACGUCAAACCACCCUAA